AUGUUCAUUUCAGAAGAAAACGUUUUCGUUGAAAUUACUGAAAAUGAUUUAGACAUAUGUAAAUGCAUGGAGCUUGUUGCCGAUCCCGGCGCCGGUGCUAUUUCGACGUUCAACGGUGUCACUCGAAACAACUUCCAAGGGAAAACGGUUAUCAAGCUGGAUUACGAAGCUUAUGUUCCGAUGGCACUGAAAAAGCUGCAGGAGCUUGCGCACGAGGUGGGACGCAGGUGGAAUGUCUGCAAAGUUGCAGUAGCUCAUCGCAAGGGCAUUGUCCUCGUGGGGGAGCCUAGCGUUAUUAUUGCAGUCUCGUCAGCCCACCGUCGGGAAUCUCUCGAGGCCGUCCAAUGGGCAAUUGACGAGCUCAAAGCAGUCGUGCCCAUUUGGAAAAAGGAAUUUUUCGAGGACGGGUCAAUCUGGAAGGAGAAUGAGGAGAGUCGGCGGCUGCUCCUGGCACCUAGCCAGCCGGGAACCGCCGCGGCUGCUGCGCAAUGA